CGCCAACUCGUAGCGCCAACGGGUAGCACCUACCGUAGCCUGGCUGUGGAACGCUUGUCCAGGUCCGUGUCCAGGUGUGAAUCCAGUGUCCUGUACUGCUUCCGCUGAACCAACGAUCAACCUGCCGCCUAGUCUAGUUUCCUGGUUCACGGUUUAGAACCCUCACACACGAUGGCCCGCUACAGCUGGACCUGUAUAGUGCUGCUGCUGCUGCUGGUGUCGCUGGUCUGCUCAGCGUCCAGCGGUUAUCGAUCGCAGCGCGUCCACAAAUCAACCGCCUCCGUGGGCCCCCAGCCGAACACACCCGAGCAGCGAGCGAGCCGCAGUAGCCUGACCAAGGAACGAGGAACCCCUAUGCCGGUGCCACCGUCAGCCCCGACCCUUGGCUCCGUUCGGGCGUCCGCGAAGUCAAUCCCGAAGACCACGGUGACGCUUCGGCAGCGCGUCGACCAGGCGGUCCAGAAGGUGAAGGUCCACUCGAAGGAACAGAAGAUGGAGUACGAGGCGAAGCGGGUCGAGCGUAAGCUGCGGCGGGACCAGAAGAAGCUCGAGGUGCCCGCCCGCCCGGCCGACCCGAUCAACCCGCAGAUGCCGGAGUGCGCGGCCGGCAAGGUGUACAACGGGCGCCGGUGUGUCCCGGUGGCGAAGAUGCCGAGGCACUAGUCCCGGAAAUCCCGCUCCAACACGACGUAGACCUACUACAGUAA